CGAUUGUGUCUCUUGUUGGAAAGACAUAAGGAUUGGAGAAUGGCAUAUGGGGAUAACCUUUUCCCCCGGAGCCAUUACAGAACAGAACAGAACAGAAUCUUGUUGGAAAGCAACCAAUACGAGUUAAGUUUUUAGCCAAAUCGGAAGUGAGGAUUCUAAACUAUAUAAUUACCGGAACAUAUGAUGGUUGUUACAGCGAUGCAAUUUUAAGAUAAAAUAUGAGUGGUCAUAUUAUUCCAAGUAAAUCGACUGUUUAUAUAUCAAAUUUAUCUUUUUCUUUAACAAAUAAUGAUAUACAUCAGUUGUUAGAAAAUUAUGGAAAAAUUGUCAAAGUAACUGUGUUGAAAGACAAAAUAACGCGACUUAGUCGCGGUGUUGCUUUUGUAUUAUUUUGCAAACAAGAAGAUGCAGUACGCUGUGCGAAUUCAGUCAAUAACACUGAAAUAUGUGGUCGCAUUGUAAAAAGUUCGAUAGCAGUCGACAAUGGUCGCAGCACUGAAUUCAUACGUCGCAGGGACUAUCCAGAUAAAUCACAAUGCUACGAAUGUGGACAGGAGGGACACUUAUCAUAUUGUUGCAGCAAUAAUGCAUUAGGUCCCAGAAAACCACCACCAAAAAAAAUAAGAAUACGAAAAAAAAAUAUAAAGCAAGAGAAAUAUAACACGAAUUACUUUGAUGAUGACAGUGAUGAAGCGCCAGCAAAAAAACCAAAGUUUGAUAAUGAUAAUGUUGAGGAUGACUCAGAGGAAGAGCCUGAAACAUUGAGUGCAGUGAUUGCACUCGAGCAAAGACGAUUUGAAAUGGAAAAUAGAUAUGGGGAAACAAUGGAUGGAUAUGACAGAAAAGAGGGUUCAACUGUAUCAAAGAAACGUUACAAGAAAAAUAAAUACUUUAGCGAUGAAGAAGAUUUUAGUGAAUAAUUAUAUAUAUAUAUAUAUAUGUAAAUAGUGUUAUUCUUUAUCUGGAUAAUAUAUCAGUGGUAAUUAAGAAAUGCAAAUACAUUUCUUGAAUAUUA